UUUAUUUUAUAAUAUUGUCCUCUUCAUAUUGUUAUUAUGGUCGUCACCCAUUUUCAUAAAUAAAGCACAAAAAUACAAGCUGACGGCACAACCAACAAGGUGAAGACAAAAGGAAAAAAACCUGCCUCGGUAAAAUCCAAGAUUUCCCCACUUCUCCCCUAGCAGUAGCACACUCUGUUUCUCUUCUGGGUUUUCUCUGUUACACUGUAAAGUUGAGAUUUUAAGCCUUCAUUCCUCCAGUUUACACUCAGAAGUGUUACCUGUUUUCUUUAUUUUCUAAACUUUCACAGUCACGAAACAAUGGAGGUCACCUUGUUGGUUGGUUUGGGGAAGGGAGUAAGGCUUUUGCUGAGUCAAAGCUGAAAGAAGAGAAAGAAAGAAUCUUGUAGGCAAUGGCGGAGUGAAGGAAAUUUUAUAAAAAAACCCACGAGAAGUGAAAAAGGGGAAAUAAAUGGAUAAGUACUGAAAGGAGGGAUUUAUUUCUUCUUCCUUCCAGAGUUUCAUUUUCGGGGGUGAUUUCAUCAGAGGGACAUGGGCGCUUUUCUAAUUGGAGGGAGAGAGAGAGCGCUGUUUCUCUUUUUUUAGCCGGUGAUGAUGAUGAUGAGAUCGGUUUUUUGUUGUGUUGUUUCCAUAUUUGCUGGUUUGCCUACGUAUUAAGUUUUGGUCAAGGCUUUGAGGGUUCUCUCUCUCUCUCUCUCUCUCUCUCUCAAAUUCUCUUUAUAAUAAUAGCAGGAGAAUCGGUUGGUAUCUUCGAGAAUCUUUGACAUACAAAAGUGAGUUCCUCCUCUUUCUCCUGCUGCUUUCUUCUUCUUCUGGGCAUGUUCAAUUCUGGAGAUCUGGUUUGAAUUGGUAUGAACUAAGAAAUGCUCUACUGUUUCAUCUCUGUUUUGUGUGGGGUUUAAAGGAGAUAACUUUUGAUUUGGGUUUUUCUCUUUGAUAAUGAGUUCGGUCCGAAAUUGGAAUAUGAUCAAAAGAGGGAAAGAAAUUUCCUGAUGUGGGGAAUCCAUGGAUGGGGCUGAAAAAGCGCAACUUUUCUUCUUUCUUCUCCUUUUUUGGGUCUACUUAGUGGAUAUAGUGGCUUCCUUUACUUGAUAUGGUUGUUUGUCAAGUUGGACUUUUUCCAUCACCCUCUUUUCCCCUUUUCCAUCACCCUCUUUUCCCCUUUUCCAUCUUGGUGUUCAUGAAGUUCCUUCAUUGACUCUAAAUGUGUUAGUAGUCAAAAUCUCUACUCUAUUCUUCAAAUGCAGUCUUUUCUCAGAUAUGGAAGCUUGUUGUAUUUGCCAAUCUGGGUCGGUCUUCUUUUCUCUAUUUGUAGCUUCCGAUGUAUUGACUAUGGCAGGAUUGAACAGCUUUGAAACAGGUCUUUAGGAUUUCAAGAUAGUGUUCUACUUUGUUUCUUCAAAGAAGUUGUUUGUUCAAUUGAGCCUGCGUUUUGGCAAAGCAUGGAUGGCUCUUGGCAAUCGGGAACCCUGCUGGAUUCUUUGGCCGAUACCUUAGCAGACAACACCAUGGAUUUCGAUUACAUGGAUCAAUUGCUUCUCGACGGCUGCUGGCUGGAGGCAGCAACUGAUGGAUCAGAGUUCUACUACCCUGGUCCAACCGAUUUCACUUUCCAUCCAUCGGAGAUCACCAACAAUGUCAAUAUGUCUACAACCAGUACUCCUCAAAUGGGCAAUGAAGCAGUAGCAAUGAGGAAUUCUUCACAGAACGAAGUUGGUGUCUCAGGGAGGGAAGAAAAUGGAAGUGAUGCAAUUGAAGGUUCUAAAAGGUGGUGGAUUGGACCUAAAGCUCCCGGGAGCUCAGUGCGGGACCGAUUGAUGGGCGCCAUAGGUGGGAUUAGAGACUUGAUCAAGGACAAAGAUGCACUUGUGCAGAUAUGGGUGCCAACAGAUCGAAUGGGGAGGCGUGUAUUGACGACAUACAAUCAGCCAUUUGCUCUUGAUGGGAGCUCCCAGAUGUUGGCUAAUUAUAGGGACAUAUCGAUAAACUACCAGUUUUCAGCUGAAGAGGAGGACUCCAAGGACCUCGUGGGGAUGCCCGGUCGAGUGUUCUUGAGGAAAGUGCCUGAAUGGAGUCCUGACGUUAGGUUCUUUAGGAGCGAGGAGUACCCAAGAGUGGAUCACGCUCGACAGCACAAUGUGUGUGGCACUCUGGCUGUUCCCGUGUUUGAGCAACAGAGUAAGAGUUGCUUGGGUGUGAUUGAGAUUGUGACUACGAGGCAGGAGGUCAAGUAUCAGUCGGAGCUCGAGAAGGUAGCCAAAGCCCUUGAGGCUGUUGAUCUUAGGAGUUCUGAAAUUCCCAGUUCCCUGAACAUGAAGGCUCAAGAUAUUGCUUACCAAGCCGCAUUGCCCGAAAUCCAACAAGUCCUGAAAUCAGCCUGCGAGACACACAACCUCCCCUUGGCUCAAACAUGGGUCCCCUGCAUCCAGCAGCAGGGGAAAAAAGGCAGCCGACACUCCGACGAGAACUACUCUCACUGCGUCUCCACGGUCGAUCAAGCCUGCUUCGUAUCCGACGACCGAAUUCGUGGCUUCCACGAGGCCUGCUCCGAGCACCACUUGCUUAGAGGACAAGGCGUCGCAGGCAGAGCAUUCACCACGAACCAGCCUUGCUUCUCCGGCGACGUGACCGAGUUUUGCAAGACGGAGUACCCCUUGUCGCACCACGCGAGGAUGUUCGGAUUGUGUGCCGCGGUAGCAAUUCGACUGAGGAGCGUCCACACAGGUUCUUCGGAUUUCGUGCUCGAGUUUUUCCUGCCAGCGGACUGCCGGACGGCGGAGCAACAGGAGGAGAUGCUGAAUUCGCUGUCGGUGAUUAUUCAAAGAGUUUGCCGGACGUUGAGGGUGGUGACAGAUGAGGAAAUUGAGCGGGAAGAAGCGGGUGAUUCGAUUGGUGGGCCUGAUCGCCAUGUUGGUGGUUCUUUUGGGCCUCCUCUGGCUGGUGAUGGGCUCGAGGGAGCCCGGGAAUGUGAUGGUGACGUGGCGUCGCCGGAAGUAGGCGCCGGAUUGAGGGGGAAAUCGCCGGAUGGAAAGGGGAGUGGUGAGAAUGAAGGACGGAGUUUGAGUACUUCUGGCGAGGGGAAGCAAGUGGAUAGAAAGCGUACCAAGGCAGAGAAGAAGAUCACAUUGGAAGUUCUUAGGCAACAUUUUGCUGGAAGUUUGAAAGAUGCUGCUAAGAGUCUUGGAGUGUGUCCAACGACAUUGAAACGAAUCUGCAGGCAGCAUGGGAUCACUCGAUGGCCUUCUCGAAAGCUAAAGAAGGUUGGUCACUCACUGCAGAAGCUCCAGGUCGUGAUGGAUUCUGUUCAAGGCGGCUCUGGUUCGUUACAAAUUCGUUCGUUCUACUCCAGCUUCCCCGAGUUAGGCUCUCCACCGGCUUCAAAGCCAGACGAUAACCCGAAGCUUUUGAGCAUGCAGCCCGAGGCUGCCUACAUUUCUAGUAGUGCCCUUGUAGCUGCAGUCAAAUCAACUUCCUCAUCAUCAUGCAGCCAGGGUUCUAGCUCGAGCCACUCCUUCUCGAGUGAGUCGCAUCAGCAAAUUCAAGCCACCGAUGGCCCUUCCGUUGUGGGAAAGGAGUCGUCCUCAUCCGGUGCAAGUGGUGAGGUAAAAAGGGUCAGAAGUGAAGCAGAGCUUCAUGCCUCAGAAGAGCCCGUUAAGGUACAACUUCCAAGAGCUCAGAGCCACCAGUCUCUGGCAGAGCGGGGCAAUUCGGGUGAGCAUCCUCCCUCGGUGAAGAAGGCUGGCGUUCGGAGGGUCCCCCAGUGGGACGCAGAUGCUCAGCGAGUGAAAGUUGCGUAUGGGAAUGAGAUAGUGAGGUUCCGAAUGGCAAACAACUGGAGGUUCAACGACUUGUUGAUGGAGAUUGCCAGGCGGUUUGGUAUCGAUGACAUGAGCAGGUUCGAUGUCAAGUAUUUGGACGACGACUCCGAGUGGGUGUUGAUAACGUGCGACGACGAUGUCGAGGAAUGUAUCGAAGUCUGCCUAGCAUCUGGGAGCCAAACUAUAAAACUCUUGCUCCAGGUUUCUUGUCGAGGCGUUUGAUGAAAAUGCGUUUGUAGAUAUAACGUUUGUGUGUACAGUGAAAGUAGGAGAUGAUUUCAUGUUUGGAAGGCAAAGUGUUGUUUAGCUCUAGAAAAUGGUCUUUGGAACAUUUGAAUGCAAAGUUCUUAUGUAGGUGGUUGAGUUAGCUUGGUUUUUAUUUGGCCGAUUCAUUAUUCUUCAAGGAAGUUAAUAAACUCGUAUGAAUUCUUCUGUUGUUGAUGGACAACAGAUGGGACCUGUCAUAUAGUUUGCAGUGGCGAGUCAAACUUGAUUCAGCGUAGUGUUUAUUUAUAGGUCGCAAAAGAAAUAGAGUCGUCCAUUUGAUAGCGAUAAAGGCUACCCGUCCCU